GAGUUGAGAUGAUUAAUUCGCAAAUUGGCAGCACAAGGUCCACAUCAUUGGUGUACGUCAAGCUUGAACUGGCCCUCGCCUCAAUUUAAUAUUUCCUCAUAAGUACCUACUCAUGAAGCAAGAUGUUCAAGAUAGUCCAGAAGCAAACGUAUACAUUCCUUUCUCAUCGUUAUGGCAUUCUCCUCAUCUUCAGCGGUAUCGUCCUGGUCAUCGUCUCAGCAUUUCAGUUUGGAGAGGUUGCAAUUGAAUGGAGUCAGGACAGGUAUUCCAGACUGUUCAACAUUUAUCACGACAAUAUCGCAAACAAAGCAUUCGAAAACAGGAUGUGUCUUCCUAUACCCAUCGAUGCCGUGUAUACGUGGGUCAAUGGUUCAGAUGCAAAGCUAUUACGAGACCUGGAGCGAGUGAAGAGAGAGCUUGAAUCGAGCACGGCCCAGACCCCUGAUAAUAGUACAAGUUCAUUCCAUUGCAGAUUAAAAGACUGUAUAGCCGGGGCGGUAAUGAUCACCAAUCCCUUCCUGGAUAGAUUGGUCACGGUUAACCGGCUCGGGGUUAUAGAGGGCUCCCUUCUUAGAAUUAACAAGAUUUCAAACAUUACAAAAGAAGGAGGCAAAACGAAUUCCCUGCUUCAGUUUUCGAAGCGAGAGGAAGUUGAUGCAGUGAUGAAAGCAUUACAGUCCUUAUCACUGAAUAAUAAGAACUACACCUUAUCGAAAGGAUACAUCACAUCUGAUUGGACAGCAACAGGGAGUGUCGCAUUGAAUGACAGAGUACUUAUCACCGGUGUUGAAAAAGAUACAACAAAAGAACAAGUAAAACUUAGGAUAGACCAACCAUACCAAGAGAAGAUAGGAGAGGUUCUUGUUGAGAAUGUGCAUGGUCUUGCAAUUGUUUUCAUCACGGAUCCUGAUGUCAUAAACGACCUUGUAUCAGACGCAGAGAAGACAAACACAACCAGUACUCUUAAAGUCAGCAAGGCCUACCUCGUCUGGAAUAUGGAACAUGAAGAAUCUCGACCAGAUGAGGAUUACGCACCUAAUAGAUUUGAAGAUAACGAGGAAUUAAGAUACUCACUACGGUCGUUAGAGAAACACGCCCCCUGGAUACGCCGUGUUUAUGUUGUUACCAAUGGUCAGAUACCUUCCUGGUUGAAUUUAGACAACCCAAGACUGGUGAUAGUUUCUCAUGAUGAGAUAUUCCGCAACCAGUCCCACUUGCCCACCUUCAGCUCCCCGGCCAUUGAAUCUCAUAUCCAUCGGAUACCGGGACUCUCAAAGAAAUUCAUUUACCUCAACGACGACACCAUGUUUGGAAAGGAUAUCUGGCCCGAUGAUUUUUACACACACGCCUCGGGGCAGAAGGUGUAUUUGACAUGGCCUGUUCCAAAUUGUGCAGAGGGGUGUCCAUCAUCCUGGAUCAAGGAUAAUUAUUGUGACAAAGCUUGCAAUAAUUCUGAAUGCGAAUGGGAUGGUGGCGAUUGUACAGGUGUAUCGGCCCAGGGUGGUGCCAUCGGAGGUAUACACGGAGCAAACACAAACAUGGAACAGAUGUACUGUAAUACUGGUUGUGCUAACGGCUGGAUAGCUGACAAAUACUGUGAUCAGGCCUGUAACGUACGCCAAUGUGGUUUUGAUGCUGGUGAUUGUGGCAAGGUCAAUCUUCCAUCCAUCUACUCUGUGCUCAUCACAGCCUCUGGAAUGUCUGUCACUCUACCAAAAGGCCUCUUGGUGGUGUACUUCAACGCAACCCCAAUUUUCGGUGAGGGAUCGACCAUCACAGAGGGAAAGUACGACAACCGGGACAUCGUCCGGACAGCUACGAUCGCCCAGAAAUUCAAGACCGUACACGUACUCCUCUACAAGAACAUGUCAGAAAGUGUGUUGACCUUCCACAUUUUAGGCAAGCGGAAGGAUGACAGCCCUCUCAAUGUGACGUUCAACGUGACAGUGGAUACAAAAGAGAACAAGAAUCUAGAACAAGAGCUGCUUGCCUUAAAACGCCCCGAUGGAGAGAAGGAGGAAAACAAGACUCGAAAGGUCUCGGAGGAGGAGAAAGAAGAAGCCGUCUUCGAGUUUGAUGACAUUUCUGAUGGGAGAAGAAGUCCGAAGCUACCGCUAGCCAGAGAGAAGGAAGUGUCUGUAUCCUUUGAGCCAGCGGAGGAGGAACUGACAGAGGAUGUUGCAAGUCAGCUCAAAGAAUUGACCCAACAGUUGCAGGAUGGCGAUAUAACCCAGAGAGGACAUGACCGACUGAGAUCCAAGAUACUCGCCCAGUACAUGCUAUCGCCAGCGUAUACGAAGCGCAGGAGAGAAGUAGCCCAAGGUCUUCACCAAGCUGGAGGCAAACAACCCAUCAUUGACAACGGGUUGGGAUUGGGAAUAGUGCAACAGCCUGAUGGACAUGGUCAAGGACUAGGUGAAGGUCAAGGGCAAGGUCAAUUACAAGGUCAAGUUCUUGGAGAAGGUCAGGCUCAUGGAGUCUUUGGUGGACAAAAUGGACAGCUUGGGCAGGGAGGUAUCAACCAGCAGGUUGUUCCGCAGUUUGGACAGGCUGCUCAGGCUGGGCAAGGUUUCAGAGGACAGCUGGAGAAUGCCGGGAAGCAGUUGGGACAAGGGCAAGCAGUCUUCAAAGACACAGACUUGGGGGAAAUACCAAGGCAGCAAAAUCUUGGACAGGGGCAGUUUAAACAGCAAGGACAAGGGGUGGUAGGGCAAGGUUUUGGACAGGGACAAGUUAUAGGUCAACAGAUCGAACAAGGAUUACAACUAGGGAAUGAGCAGUUGCCUGUUGGUCAACUAGGACAAGUACAAAAUAGAGGGUUAGGAUUAGGGCAGCUGCCCCUCGGACAAGCUCCAGUGCAAGAAGGGGGUAUCCUGCAGGGCCAGGUACAAGGGCAAAUGCCAGUGCAGCCACAAGGAAAUGUAGUUUUCAGAAACGAAGCUCGUCAGGGGAUAUUUCAAGAUAGACUGUCUAAAGAACAGGGCCAGGUUGUUGAUCCAGCACAGCAGCAGAUGCAAGGCCAAGUUCCGCUAGACAAUGCCUUUGCCAGGGUUCAACAAGGACUUGAUGUUGAUAGGGGCCAGCCUGUUUUGCACAAUGCAGGAAAUCAGGCAUUUGGUCAGAACUUGGGAAAUAUUGGUGAGGGGUUAGGUGAUAAUGCAGGAGCCUUGAAGAAGGAAGCUGAUGCAUUUGAUGACGAAAUGUUUGGAGGCAACAAACUAAAACCAGGGAAGAAUCUGAACCAGGGACAGGCUUUUGGACAGGGUGUUCAACCAGGUCAAGGGAUUCACCAAGAACUAGACAAUCCUCUGCAGCCUGUUCAAGGUCAAGGACAGAGAGAAGCAGGAGCGCAGAUACCUGAUGGAAAUACCGGAGAAAUAGCAGGGCAAGGGCUGCAUAGAGGUCUUGGGCUUGGUAAGCAGUUCGGACAGGGACUUGACCUUGGACAAGCACAGGUGCCGCUUGGACAGAUUCCGGACACAUUCGGUCAAGGUAACCAAGAUGGAAGGCCACUGGAGGAGCAGAAUGUUGAAGAGGGCGGAGGGAUGGGUCAGGACAAUGAUCUCAAUAAUCUUGGGGAGGAUGAUCAGCUUGGUCUACAACAGGGUCUUGGUUUGAAAAAACAAGAUCCCAGACUGGAGGAGACACGAGAAAAAUACAAACACAUUGCGGACAAGUUUGAUGCGCAGAAUGGCAUCAAGAUCCCGAAGGACGGAGGUUUACCUGAUGCGAUGGUUGGUCAGGGUCAUUUGAAUCAACCAAUGGAAAAGGAGAAUAUAUUGAAUCAACCAAUUGGAGGGCAGGAUAAACUUAAUGGAUUGAAUCAGCAGGUGGUAUUUGAUGCUAAACCCCUGGCAGGUGUUGGUCAAGAUCUGGCACCAGAGGACGGUUUACCAUUGGGUAAGCAACCAGUUGUAGAGCACAAUGACAUGAACGAAGGGUUUGGAAGAGGAAUUGAUCAAAAUCAGCCAAAUUUGAACCCACCAGUUGGCCUCCAGGGUGCAAAUGAUGCACAACCUGCAGUGAAAAUCCAGAAUGAUUUUGCCAACCAGUUCCAGAAUGGCAACAACUUGAAGGAAGGCAACAACCAGCAAGUACAAGAUCAGUUGCAGAACAAGGACGUGGUAGACUUGAAUCCAGGGAAUGAGAAUGACUUCAUGGACAACAACAAUAUUGGGAAUCUGUUGAAGGAGCAGAACAACCUACCUUUCCAGCUUCCAGAUGCUGCAGAAGUGGACUUUGAUGAUGAUCAAGGAGGAGGAGGAGGACAGAACCCUCAGGACGAUGCAGGAGGUGUUCAAGGAAACGACAGAGGCUUCAGGAAGCUCUUAGCGAUCACUGACAAAGAGAAGGUUUCUCUGGACAGUGAUGUCACCCAAGGCCUCCUGAAAGAAUCUAGGGAUAUCCUCAGGAGCAAAACUGCCUGGGUCGAGAAGGCCAAGCAAAUCAUGAUGAGAAUCACAAGUGGUGUCCGUGAUCACGACCUGAAGAAGAAAGUCAUCUCAACAGAAGACCUGAGCACCAAGCAACAAGUUGCCACUGAUCAUGAGGUCAAGAAGUGGAGCGGCAGUGUGGUAGAGCGUCCUCUGUCUCUUCAAGAAGAGAAUGCAAUCGCUGAGGCCGAUGCCUUGAGGCAGAAGGCGGAGCAGGAUCGGAAGAGCAGCUUCCUACCUUGGGAACGGACCGACAGCUUCAAUAAUCUCACAAAGCUUCUGGAGAGACAGGAUGCCAUGCAGCAGUACUCUGCGCAGACUGGUCCCCAACGCCGUCUCCUGGACACCUUUGGGGACUCUCUCAGGCACGUCAACAAGUUGUUCAACAAGAAGUUUGGUUACCAGGCCAGGAAGGUCCCCGCUCACAUGCCCCACAUGGGGGACGUAGGCAUCAUGAAUGACCUCCAGGCAGAGUUUGCGGAAGAGUAUGACAUCACAGCGUCCCAUCGCCUGCGCCACCCUCGGGACAUGCAGCAUGCUUUCUCUUACUUCUACUACCUGAUGGGAACACCCAAGGUCGUCAACGUGACGGAGGUCUUUGAUGAGUUUGAUACAGAUGGAUCAGGGGUGCUUUCCGACCGUGAGAUCCGCACAUUGGCAACGCGGCUCUACGAACUACCACUAGACCUGAAGACGCUGACUUCUCUUGAGAGUAUGAUCGUCCAUUGUGCAGAUAAUGUGUCGAGUAAACUCAUCGCGCCUGCGGAGGACGCUAUAGAAAAGUACUAUGAAGAGAAAAUGCCUCAGAUAACCAAGAACUUAUUGAUGCACUGCCCUCCGUUGAUAGAAAAGAUGCAAGGCAGUGUCAAAGGUCAACAUAUGUACAAAUACGAGAUCAUGGGCGAAGACGAGAUCGCCUUCAAGAUGAUCCAAACAAACGUGUCACAGGUCAUAGGUCAACUUGACGACAUUCGCAAAAAUCCAAAGAAAUUUGUCUGCCUUAACGACAACAUUGAUCACAAGAGUUCCGACGCUUACAUGGUGAAAGCGGUUCUCCAAGAUUUCUACGAGUCGCUGUUUCCAAUCCCGUCCCAGUUUGAACUACCGCGGGAUUACCGGAACAGGUUCCUGCAUAUAGACGAGCUUAGAGGAUGGAGGAAAUACAGAGACUGGUUGCGGUUCUGGACUCAUCUAUCAUUAGGAGCUCUUAUCACCUUUAGUGCUGUGUCUUUUUGUUCAAGUCGUAUAUUAGCGUUGAAGAGGCGGUGUUUUGGGAGGCGUCGGUGGAGAGGCAGUGGCGUAGCUGAAACGGUACAGCAUGUCUAACAAUCGUUUCUAUGUAGACCCUUCCCUCCCUAACUCCAUCUUGUCAACUUGUGCUUGUCGUGUGGCUACUAACUCUCCGUCUAUGUCUCCACCUCGUCAGUUCAGUAUUAAUGUUUACAUUUACGUGGUUAACUGCCGCCAGUCUUGAGUGGACCAAAGCCAAAGCUAUACAGAUAUGAAGGGGGAAGGUAGUCAUGCUUAUUUCCUUUUAGUAUUUAUAUAAUAUUGAAUGGCCUUGAGUUGGCUGCAAGGGUCUAUCGCAACAAUCGAUGAGGAUAUUUCUAGCGUUGCGUCAUGACGAGUGAAAUAUUCCCAAAAAGAUAUCUCCUUGACCCUGAAGGAAAACUUGCGUAUUAGAUACAAAGAGAAAGCAAAUUUCGCCCUCUACACCCAAGAAAUUUGCAAGGGUUGCGCGCAUACAUCCAUUGUCUUCGCCUAUGUGUAUGUCAACUUGAAUACGCGUUAAACACGUUCGCGCACCACAAAACAUGAGAUAUUGAAAUGAUAUUGCACGGUCAUCUGCAUACUUUUUCACAAACCAUGAGAUAUUG